AUGAAACUUCUGAUUCUUCUCGGAUGCGUCGCCGCCGUCGCGGUUUUUGGUGAGUUUCGAACGAAAUUAGUAUUCUUCAUGAAACUCUUAUUUUCAAACUUUGAACUAAACUAAUUAUCUCGUUUCUCUCUUGUCCCUUCUCAAAACUAACCCUAUCGGAUCUUUGGCCUCCCGAGAUUCUAUGCGCGUAAUCCUUUCCCAUCCAAUUUUCUCAACCUUUUUUCUCGUCUCGUCCCAUAAAAAAUAGUCUAGCCACGUCCGGCUCCGCUGAAGCGCAAAGAUCCUGAUGAUUGCGUGUACGUAGCACUCUCUGAUCGCUUAGUGCUCCUCCCACACUCGGCGCGCGAAAAAGGGAAGAGCCCAUCAUCACUGAGCACUCACCUCACGCACGGCAGGGUUUGACUAAUGGGAUUAGAAUUUUUGACCGGAAACGUUGUAUGAAAAUGUAACGUCGGGGGAAGGUUCGGAGAGCUUUGAUCGGCUUUUUUUGGGGCGAAUGAGUCAUGGAAUCAGUGUCGUCGACUUUGAUUCCUACCCUUUUCCUCUCAAAAAUCGCACUCAACACUUAACGUUCCAAGAAACGGGGAGAGCACUUUUCUAAAAAUUCGAUUAGCUUUGACCUACUUGAACAAAAAGCAUUGACGCAAAACGAGUCGUUUUCUAGUGGGGCGCCGACAGAAUAAUCUAGAAAAUGAGGUGGAAAGACCUUUGAAUAUAUACUAGCUAUCUAGCGAAAAAUAUUUUCCGGAAUCGAAUGGCGGAAAACCCAAACUAAUUUCAGCCGCACCAUCGGCUCCGGGGCUCGAGGAGAAGCUGCGUGCUCUCCAGGAGCAACUCUACAACAUCGAGAAGGAGAACGGUGUUGAGGUGAGCGGAGCUUCGUGGCGAGACCCGCGAAUGCGUGAAUUUCAGCCACAACAGCCAGCCGGAGCGGCAGCACCUGAGCGGGACACAUUUCUGGGAUUCGUUCCGCAAAAGAGAAUGGUGGCGUGGCAGCCGAUGAAGCGAUCGAUGAUCAACGAGGAUUCCCGUGCUCCGCGUACGUUUCCCUUCCGCUGUUUUUGUUGAUUCGAUAGGCAAAGUAAGGGUAAUUUCAACCCGGAAUGGGUCUCUCAAUCUGCGUCAUUUCACACUGUUUCUUAUCGCUCAAAAAAGCAGGAAAGUGUGGUUGAACAUGCACGCGUCGAGAAAAAGAGAAAAAGUACGGGAAACUGAGAGAGCGCAGACGGAAAAUAGGCAGUUUUUAUGAGAAAUUGAGGUGAUUAUGACUGAUACGGACGGAGAGAGGUAUGCCAGCAAUUUGACUGGAAAUUAAAUAGGUCAGAUGGUGAUGUGUACAAAAAUAUUUUCAAAAUUUGAAUUUCCAGUGCUCCACGCCAUCGAAGCCCGUCUCGCCGAGGUGCUCCGUGCCGGAGAACGUCUCGGAGUGAACCCGGAGGAGGUGCUCGCCGAUCUUCGCGCCCGCAACCAGUUCCAGUAA